GAGGAGUAGGAGGUGGUGGGAUUUCAACCACACAGAUCAACCUCUCAGAAUCAGGAAAAAGUGAGGUUAAAACUGGCACCUCCACACUGCUUCCAGGUAUGUUAGCCUCAUGUUCUGCACUAGAUGUCUCCAAAGAGUCCAACAGUUUCUCCAGUGUCGCAGGGGAUUCCCAUGAGCACUCAGCUGACAACUCAGCCAGCUGCAAGGAAGAGAUGACCUCUGUUUCUAUCGAGGAUUCCACUUCCUCCACAUCGGGGGCACCAAACCAGCACACAAGCAGACGCAAGCGUAGGCGCAACUCUGGAAAAAUGGAGGCCCCUGUGACCCAUUCUACGCCAAUUGGAAAGUCAGUAUCUGUAGACCGGAGUUGUGGUACAUCGAGAAAUUCCCAGUCCUUCCACACACCAAGGAGUGGUCCCAAAACAGGGCCAGGAGGUCGCCAGCACCAGCAGCCCCACACCCAGGCGAAGGAGCAACAGAAGAAGUUCCAGUAUGGGAACUACAACAAGUAUUAUGGCUACCGCAACCCAGGCGCUAGUGAAGACGCACGGGUACGUGUGCUUCGUCCCGAAUGGUUUGAAGGUAAAGACGUUCUGGAUUUGGGAUGCAACUCAGGCCACCUAACACUCUAUAUUGCCAAAAUGUUAAGACCUGCCCGCAUAUUAGGCCUGGAUAUUGACAGUGGUCUGGUACAUGCAGCUCGUAAGAACAUCAGACAUUAUCUGUCUGAACUGCAGACCCAAGAAGCCAGGCAUGCGAUGCAGGAGAAAAAGAGCACUAAGCAGGCAAGGAAUGGAAAUGAGAGUCUCACAGGCACAGACAAGAAGCACAAUGAAGCCGAGAGCAGGGAUGAAAACGGUAAACCGGUGAAAGGAGAAAGUGGCCCUGCAGAGGCUGCAAAUGACAAUGACUCCUGUCACACAGAUGAGGCGGGGACCCAGAGACAGGGCGACAAAACAGAGGAAAUGGAGCAGGAAGCGUGUGAUUCACCCCCUGCUGAUCACUCUGUGAGCUGCUCUUUUCCUGUGUCCCUACGGAUCUCCAGGGGGCCCAUUGCUGCACCUCCACUAACAGAAACAUCCACCACACGGCCCGGCGAGUUCCCCUCAAAUGUGUCCUUCGUCAAGGCCAAUUAUGUACUGGAGAACGAUAAUCUUCUUUUGACUCAGCGUCCAGAGUACGACGUGAUCCUGUGCCUGAGCGUUACCAAAUGGGUUCACCUGAACUGGGGAGACAGUGGCCUCAUGCGGCUCUUCAAGAGAGUCUACAAACAUCUCCGUCCUGGAGGCAUGUUCAUUCUGGAGCCACAGCCCUGGGAGUCCUAUGUGAGGAGGAAGAAGCUGACGGAUAAUAUUAGCAGGAACUUUCACAGCAUCCGCCUCAAACCUGACCAGUUUUCAUCGUACCUUACAACAGAGGUGGGCUUCACAAGUUCUGAGUACCUUGGGGCCCCAAAGUGUUCAAUAAGAGGUUUUCAGAGGCCAAUCUACUUAUUUCACAAAUGACCGCUCCUGCCUUGAAGAUCACUGAAUGUGAGUAGCCUAAGCCACCACCAUACAUAGAAGCCAGCCAGCUGCCCUGGACUGCAAGGAAUCAUCUGUGUCCUUAACAGUUACUCCAGCUUUUCAAAUGCUGAAGAUGAAAUUCAGAAAUGAGAAUGGGACCAAAGUGGAAUCAAUUUCGUAAAGAUGAGAUGUGUCGAGAAGAGGUAUCUAUCAGAAUCCUCUGUGACUACAAAUUCUUAAAGAGUAUGGAGUGAACUUGGAUCGGACUCCACAGUGUAUAACCUGGACAUCAUAGCUGGGCCAGACUGUAGAAGAGGUGCUUAGCUGAUUCUUUCCUUGGACCAUCCUAGUGCUAAUGAUGCUCCACUUUGAUGCAAGGCCAUAACAUGUGUUUGAAAAUCUUUGGCCAUAUAUCUUUACUUUCAAAACUUUGUUUUCAUAACUGUUCUGUGCCACCGCAUCAACAUAAAGUUUACAUAUUAGGGUUGGGCAAUAGGGCAGACUUUUUCCAAUUGGCCAGCAUAUCCACGUUAAGUUGUGAUUGAUGGUGUGUUCACUACAUUAGCUCCAUGUGACCAACUGUGUGUUGCACUUGCAAAACAGCAGUACACCACUGGAUUCCAAAGCCAUUACACAGAUCAUACUGACAUGAUGUCCUUUAAAAAGCCGGGUGAUGUGCUUUAUGCUGUGUAGGACACUAUGCAGGUUAUGAAUGAAGCCUCAUAUUGCCAGAUCCAUUACAACUACUGAUGACAGAAAUUGUGCCCUUUGUGGUUACAUAUCUGCAUCAUUUUUGAAGCCUUGAAUCCCGUUGUGGUGGACGUAUAAAUACAAAUAUUUUGGUGAAUUUGAAACAGCCAAACAAAUUCCAUCAGCCGUAGAUUGUCUAUAGCUGAUAUAUCUGUCCCAUUUUCCAACCCUAAUAUAUAGUUUGUUUUGUCAUUAUUUUUUGCAAAAUAGGCCUUAGAGCUGAUUUAACUUUAAUAUGUUACAGAGCUGUGAAAAUGUAAGUCCACAUUUUGCCAUGGACAGUAUGAAAAGCUCCUAAAUUGCACAAACCUAAGACGCUAUGAAGUGAAAAGUGGCUUGUCUGAGUGAUAAAGACAAUAAUGCACGAUGAGAAAGGUGCACUGAAAACAGCCAAAAACAUACAAAAACAGAACAGCCAUCCAGUAAACUGCCUAAACUACAACUAGUGAAAGCUUACCCAGUGCCCAGCCAGCAUGUUUUCACGGUCUCUUGUCCUUUUUUUUUUUUUUUUUUGUAACAGUCAGUUCCUUAAAAACUGUCAUGAUGAAUGUCAUCAAAUAUUAGAUUCUGUUAUUAUGACUUGGGAAAGUACGUAGUUUACUCAGGCCUACUAGCACUGGCAAGAGUACUUUUAUAUGGUACCUCAAACCUGACCACAGCUAAAAUGUUAAAAAUGGGAAAAAUCAGAUAUCUACAUUUUCAAGAAAACAGUUUUGGCUUUUUGAAUGUAAACCUUCAGGCCUGUGUAAUUUUACUUGAGAGUUUGGACUGUUUAGGAAGCAACAAAUCACUUCUUGGGUUUUUUUAAGCCUUUUCAAUGCUCCAUCCUAAUGGUAGGGGGCACAUUUAAGCUGUGCUAACACCCAGGUGUCGGCUCAGCUCAAUAAUUUAGCACAGAAACCACAAGGACUGUUUAGCAAGGUAAAUCUGUAGCAUGCAGUGAUCAAAUGUAUAUUUUUUAAUGACAGUUAAGCCAUAGCCCUACCUUUUUAUAUGUUGUUUAUGUGACUGUGACUGAGAGUAUAAUUGAGUGUAAGAUUUAAGGCAGAGGCCUGUCAUUAGAGAGUUGCUACAGCGUCUUCAGUGAUGUAUAAAUCCGACACAUGCAUUGUUUUGUGUGGUCUGAUCUUCACCACUGGACAGGCAUUAAUUCAAACAGCAUCAGAAUCACUUUUGAGCUCCUGAGUUGAAAUCAGCUUCUGUAAGACGGAACAAAAAUUUACAUUUGUAGAAAAUGGAUUGUUAGUAAAAUGACCAUAUGACUUUUUACCAUUUGAAAUAUUAAUAGGCUGUUUGUAUUGAAGCUCUGCCGAACUAUUUUAUGGGUAGUUAGUCUUUGUGAUUAUAUCUUUACUGGUGUGCGCACUGAGCAUUGCUCAUCUACAACCUUUCAUUGUAAGUGGCUGGGACUAAAAAGCUUCCUUUUUGUGACUGGUUCAAUUACAGCAUUUGGCAUACUAGAGUAGGAGAUGAUGGAGAAGGAUGGAUGAUAGGUUUCUAUUUUAGUAAGUGAUCAGUGUAAAUAAGUUUGCAAAUUUUGUUUUAAUGUUGUCAAUAUUAAGUUCAUAACUGCUUUUGUCAUUUUCCAGUGUUUUUUUUUUUUUUUUUUUUGUGUGUUUUCAAAUGUUCUCUGCCAAUUUGUGAGUGAGUCAGAGUUUUUGUCCUAAAACAAACUGCUAAUCCAGCUCUGUAACAACAAAUGAAUAUGUACAUUGCAAUGUUCUGAUGUGUUUGCUUUGUUCUGUCCUGGCAGGCACAUGGAUUGUUAGAUUGGCUCUUUAUUUUUUUAUAAACCAUUUCAAAGGAU